CCACACAGAUCAGGGAUGGGGCCAGGGGUCUCAUGCUGUCCCCACAGGCCCAGUGUGUGCCGGGACAGGGACAGGGACAUGGGGACGGGCCGGGGGUCUGACGCUGUCCCCACAGGUCCGGUGUGUGCAGGAGUCGUGGGGCUGAAGAUGCCGCGGUACUGCCUGUUCGGGGACACGGUGAACACGGCGUCACGGAUGGAGUCCAACGGGGAAGCCCUGAAGAUCCAUAUCUCGGGGGUGACCAAGGCGGUGCUGGAGGAAUUCGGGUGCUUCGAGCUGGAGCUCAGGGGGGACGUGGAGAUGAAGGGUAAGGGGAAGCUCAGGACCUACUGGCUCCUGGGGGAGCGUGGGAGCAGCAUACGGGGGUGACCCCCCUCGCACCCCAAAAACACCACUCGGACCCCCAGCCACGGCCUCCCCCUCUGGCCGGGGGCUGGGGACCCCCCAAACCGACCUCGGAGAGGACCCCCAGCACCCCGCGGGCACCGGGGGGGACACGGAGAGCUGGGGGGACACGGAGGGGGGCUAGGGGGCCCUUGGGGGCUCCCCCCGCCCCCCGGGGGGGCACGAGAGCUCUAAUUUUUGUAAUAAAGCUGCUGUGGACGCA